AUGUGCGAAUUAUUUACACGAUAUGAUAUGUCGUAUGUCCACCGUUGCACAAAGGCCAUCAUGGACUGUGCGGUGCUCGAUGAGGAGAAGAGGCGUGCCUUGUUGCGCAUGAGUGACCACCAAAACACCCCGAAAAUCACUCCUCCGUGGUUUUCCUCUUCCAAACAUCAGAUACACCAGCCAGUUUCACACGCACCACUCGACAUGUUCUCUCCACGCGCCUUCGCAGCACCUCUGGCCAGAGCUGUCUAUAGGCCGCAAACAAUUCGCAUCAGCGCCAGGGCGGCCUCAAUUCGCGGCCAGAUUGCAGCACAAUCGACCAUAACAGACGCCAUCACAAAGGACCAUCGUGAGCUCGAGACUUACUAUAAUGAAAUCAUCAACAACCCAGAUGAUAUCGACCACGCCACGCGCUAUGGCAACCAGUUCACGUGGGAGCUCGCACGCCACUCAGUGGCCGAAGAGCUGCUCAUAUAUCCAGCUAUGGAGAAGUACAUGGGAGAGAAGGGCAAGGCGCAUGCAGAGAAUGACCGCAAGCAGCAUCAUGAGGCAAGCCAAUACCAUUGUCUUGGUCUCCGGGCAAUACUGACUAUUAUACAUCUAGGUCAAGAACUUGCUCAAGGAGUUUCAGAACAUGAGUGCCACGGACACUCACAUAUCAAGGAGGAAGAGAGUGACGACUUGCCCGCUCUUGAAAAGGCAUUGAGCUCCAGCGAGAAUCGUGGGUCUUCGGAGAGCCUGGCGAAGAACUUUGGCAGAACCAAAGCUUUUGUGCCAUCCAGGAGCCAUCCUUCUGCAGGCGAAAAUCCCUGGUUCGAAGGCCCCAUGGGUAUGCUCGCAGCACCGAUCGAUCAUAUUGCAGACAUUUUCCGCAAGUUUCCCAAUGAAACCAUCUCUCCAAAUCCCUCAAAAAAGUAG